UGGGCCGCUUCCCCGCGCCGCUUUCGCGGAGCGCCGUUUGGAACGGAGAUGAAAAUAUCUAAUAUUUUUUCCUGCGAGGUGUAAGAUAGCGAGAUGCUGAACGCGUAUCUUUCUUCUGGCGAUGGCUCGGAGUUAAAAACCACGUAGAUCUUGAUAUGCAACCUAAAUUUGGCAUCAGGAAAUGGGAAAUUGCAUCUUUAAGCAGAGUACAAUCAAAAAUGAAUUACAAUAAAUCCUAUAUAAUUGCAUAGGUCAUUCUCUUUAAUGAGAUUUUAUUAACCUGACUGUCAAGCUUUUGAGUCAGGCAGAUAUUUUAUCUUCUUCAACUGAUAAAAGUGUCAGCUAUAAACCGCCAUAUAAAUAUUCAUAAAUCUACACAUCUGUGGCAGCCUAUCAGCAUCAUUCUUUUGGACAUUAAAAGCAUUCUAAUUACUUUCUGUCUAGCAGAGCUGAAAUGCUGCCUGUUAUAGUAUGUGCUUGGCAGGCAUGAUUGCUUUUGUUUGCCAUCACAAAUAGCAGCAUCCUAUUUUAUAUACUGAUGGUCCAGAAUACAUUCAGGGUUUGACUGAACAGGAUGAAUAUUAUGAAGCACCAUCUGGUUUUGAUAACAUCGGGUAUAUUAACUCAUCUGUUAAUUUUUGACACAUCAUUGAUUUAUUUAUUUAGAAAAAUUGGAUCCUGUUUUGCUAUGUUGCUGUUUGCCUUUGUAACGAAUGCGAUGACAUUUCUUUACCGAACAGGGAGAUGUGCUGGUUAAUAGAAUAUAUGGCUGUGUGUUAAGGCCUGUGUUUCACUCCGAAGCUGCCACACGUGGGAUGGAUUUAUCACCUCUUGUAACAAAUAAUUCACGUACUUUACCAAAAAAAGUUUAAUAGAUGAGUAUGAAAAUUCUCUGCUUUGACGCAUGGUCCUGUAAUCCGUGGCCGAAGGUCAUGUCGGAUUUUUUUCUUGAAACUUCCUGUUAUUUAGAUGCCCAAAUGCUGUUAUUUCAGCAUAUUUGUGGCCCUCAAUCAAAACACUGCUGAUAAAUGUGACACCUGCAUUUCUUCACAGAAGCAGAUCACGCCACGAAGACAUUCAGCUGCCUGGUAGGUGACAGAUGAGGCCAUAUUUGCAGCAGAGCUCUCUGGGCUUUGGUGAGCAGAAGUUUGGACUUCCUCCUGCCUCUGUGGCUGUAGGAACCAGGAGCCUGAGCGAGCUCCAGAGUUUGUCACUGAGCUGGGUCUAUGCAAGAGAGGAUGACCGAGGAGUGGCUGCUUGUGCUUUGCAGACCUCAUCACCUGCACGUCAGGCACACUUCCUGAUCCCAACAUACCUUUCUCACAGCUGAGGCUGCUACCAAGUAGAACAGACAAAAUAGGAGAAAGCAAACAUGCCACAGUGUGUAGGAGAGGAGUUCUGUGUGAGUUGUCACCACAGUCUGAGCUGUGUGCUGUUAUUCUGCAGAGGGCAGGCAGUCCUUACCCUGGCUUCCAGGAUUUUCCCCCUUAGGUUAUCUGCGGUGUUUUGCAGGUGCUUACUGGAAUGAACUGGGAGAGAGCUGCAGUUCUACAGCAACACCUGUUUCAGGGGUUUCCUGCUUUCUGUUGGCAUUUCAUAUGUGUAGGCAACAGAAUGUAAACUGACUGGUAAAGUGUCAUUCCUGGUAUGUCUUAGUCUGGUCUGGCAGCUUAAACACUUGAUACAGCUGGUUCUUAAUCUUUAGGCACGAUGUUUCUGGCAUUUAUAGAUUCAGAGCACCAAGUCUCGUUUUGAGAGUGGGCACCUAUAACACAGCCAAAGGGGAAGAGUAAGGAUGCCUCCAUGUUUUCAAGCAUGUGCCAGUGUUCAGAGCUCCUGCCAGGACUAAGAGACUGCCCUGGCCUGGGCUCCAAAACAGCAACAGGGAGAGAGCUGUGGGAAGGAUGAAGAGCAGAGCAGGCGUUCUCCACCCUGUCUCAUUGCGAAGGAAGGUCCAGCUUGGGACCCCACCUUUCAGGGAAGGCUUCAGCUUGAGAAAUGUCGUCUUACUGUGAGAAAUGGGAAGCUGUGCUGCAAACACAAGCCUCCCCUUUUCUCAGGUGAGCAGUGCUUGCUAUUGCUGCUGCAGUAUAAGCCACACUGGUACAUUCAAAAUGUGGGCAGACACCUGUUUUCUCCUUUGGAGUGUCAAUUCUUUAUUAGUUCAGUAUUUGGAAUAUUUUCCUGGUAUGGAAACAAUGUGUAUUUUUUAUUUUUAUUAUUGUUUGCAUUAAACAGCAUGAUGGGCUCCAAAAGAAACUUUUUUUCCAUAGGAAAGCAUGAUGUAGACCUUACAAUGUGCCUUGAAAUUUAAGAAGUGUGUAAGUGGAAAGCAAGACAAGCAGAGCUGUCAUAGAGGCAGUAGUUCAGUGCUAAAGACCUGGCAUGCUUAACAAGACUAAUUAAGCAAUUUCUAUCGUGUCCAGGCUAUGUAUGUAAUUAUAUAUGUAUAUAUUUGAAUAGAGAAGGUGAAGAGCAUCAAUUUGGCCUUAAGCAAGAAGUUGGAAAUACUUAUGUGGAGUGGAUAGAUCAGUUGUGCUGGAGUGUCUCAGUGAUCUUCAUGUAAAAUGCUCACAAAAGCAUCCCUUGGUCAGGGUGUCACAUGCUCCCAGUUUCGACUCAGGCAUUUGCAGCCAUGUUGUUGUCUAAACAUGUGAUGAAAAGAUUUGUAUACAAGGACAAAGCCAUUUGGGGAUACAGAGCUGCUACCCCAGGACCUUAAGUAAUAGAAUACAGUUAUUCAACAAAUCAAGAGAUAAAAAUCUGAAACACUGCAAAGUGAAGAGUGAGAUUAUUGAAACCGAAACUUCAAAUCUUAUUGAAGAUCAAAUAUGAAUGGGUACAUUCCCCACGGGGAGAGUGUGUGGCAUUUGGCCCCUCUCAGUAGCUCAGUAAAGACAUCUUUUUAUACCAUCCACCUGACGUCACAGAGGAAACCAUGGAAAAGCCAACAAUUGAAUACGGAUUUGUUGAGAUCCAGGACAGUGUCCUAUUAAUAAAGCUGUCUGGUUUAAGAAUUGAAAAGAUCCUCAGGUGUAGAAAAAUCUGAUGUAGUACCCACCAGCCUUUCCAGACAGCUUUUCUAAUGCAUUGCCAUAGGUCAUCAGGUUGAGUUUCAUGCGAUUGCUCUUACUAAACCCUUGUCUUCAGUCUGGCAGCUGCAGAGACAAAAAAAAAAUAUAUAUAAAAAAUAAUAAUUAAAAAAAAUAGUAUCAAUGAGAAAAAGAGGUGAAAAUGAAGAACUGUAUCUGGGAGUUGGUCCCUCAUUUGCCACGUGUAUUGUUGUCAGCUGGCUGCUUGCAUUCUCAGAGAAAUAGUCCAUUUAGAACUGCUUACACUUCUGGUGAGUUAAUCAUCUCCUGUUAGCACUUUAUGGGCCUAAUGUGGCAAGUCCACCUCCAGGCAGAAGUGGAGCUGAAGUCAAUAGAAGUUCUGUGAGACUGAAGACUGCAGGGUCUGACACAUUAGAAUUACAUGGUUGGUGAGCAUCGUAAUAAGGAAGAGGAGUGUCACAAUACAGUUUCAGUAAGUAGUUUAUUUCAGUCUGGUGCAGUCAUUUCAGCAGAAUCCUUCUUUCUUAGAAAAUACAUACGUUACAUUAAAUCAAUUAAGAAUCAUAGAUCUGUGAUUAUCCGGUAGUAUUCACAUAAAAACAAUUUUUUGUCAUUUAUUACUGAUUAGACAUUGCACGCUGCUUGCGUUUCUAAUUACAGUCACCCUGCAAAAGCUGGAAUACCAAGCUCUGUAAUAAAUGCUAAAUAGGCAGCAUUUGUUUUAUUUUCUUUCCAUCACAAGGAAUAACUGUAGUUGCCAUUCUCACUCAGGGUUGUUCAGACUGUGGGUACAUGUAGUAUUAGUGGUGUACUUUGCAGUGGUACGUGGUUCAACAUGGAGCCAGGGUUGUGUGCUGAGGGCAUCUCUCACUGUCACUGCCCAGUGGCACUGGCAGAAGGCAUUUGCAAAUCCUUGUGCUCACGUUUUGUAAUAGCCUCACCACUACAGCUUUCAUUUUUUACAUCCUUGGGUAUGGGUUAAAGCUAAGAAAAAAGACUGUAAUUGCUGUUAUUGUGUCUUUGUAGUAGAUCUGAUACUGAACUGAAGAUUAAAUCAAUGCUGUCAUUUCUGUAUGAAAUUUCAGCUACGUUUUAAGCCAUUAUCACAGUGAAUGCGUUAACACAUUCAUUUUUACAACAAAACUAAUCACUAAUUUUAUCUUUACUGAUGGCAGUAUUUAUUAAAGUGUUCUUCAGAACUGGUAUUUGAAAUGGCAGGUUACUCCUGGCCGUGUUUUAGCAGAAGCCAUAAUACUAGAAUAGCGUCUCCUAUGCAAAUCUAAUCCCUUUUCAGUUGUUUCAUUCAUUUUUCGUCCCCUUGCAAGAAAGAUAUGCAAAAAAACUGAGUAACUGUUUUGUCAACAGGGACCAUAAUGAUUAAAAUACAAACAGUAAAUAUGACUUCAGGUCUGGAAUCGGAUUAUAGGAUUAAAAUGAAUGAAAAACUGUUCUGUAGAAGGAUUGCAAAGUUCCAAUCAAUAUCCUCUCGUAUUUUUAAAGGGAAAAUAUGUGAAGUAAAGACAUAAGGCAAAGAAAGCACAAGUUGAGAGUGUUAGUGGUAUUUUAGUUUCACGAUUUCCUUUCUUGUCCGUAGGUACCAGUUAGAAAGCUGCAGUGUCACCAGGACUCCUUGCUUUUGGAAGUGACAGUGGGUAUAGAGGCUACCAAGCACCCAAGCAUUUUUGACGACAGAAAGAUGUGUCGAAGGGAUCUGUCCUGCUUGGUCAGAACUCAAAGUGAGGGUGUGAUGUGAGUUGCUGGUACAGAUUGUGGGGCUGCUCAGAGCUGUCUCAGAGCCCCCUGUUCUUCACGUGCUGAUGUGCUCUCAUCUUGUUCCCAGCCAUCUCAGAACACUGCACUGUAUGUUCCCUUCUGUCUUCCUCAUGCUUCUCUUCUUACCUGUGAGUCCUCAGGAGAUGACACCCUUGGGUUGUGUGUCAGCGAGGUCUACUCCAUUUGUAUGCUGCCUUAGUUCUUUCUUCCUUAUUGACGGCUGGAGGAUGGUAAAAUUCCAAAUUAGUGUCAUUUCAGAUAUUCUGCAAGAUAGCAGUUCUAACCUCAGGAUGAUGUAAUUUUCCACCAGCAAACAAAACUCCAGGGUCAUGGAGAAGUACUGUGAAAAGUACCAUCUCUUAAAGAACUGAAUUCCCGAAGUUUCUGGUCUUUACAUGUUAUCAGCAUGACGAGGCUGUGGUUUUCAUCUCUAGUGACGAGGUUAAGUUAAGUGAAGGUUUGGGGUGCUUAGUUCCAUACAUCUGUAGCAGGUUGCCUUUUCAAAAGUGAAUGCGUUUGUCACUUACUAAAAGUCAAGCCUGUCUGAGAAGAGCUCUCCAAAUUUGGCAGUGCUUAAAUCUACCACUUUUUUUAUUUCCUGCAAAAUGUUAGUUACAUCUUUCAGAUGCCUAGAGGAACUCGGCUAUAAGCUGUAAAUAAUUUUUUUAAAGACACUGAUAUCAGGGAAAGUAGCAGGUCAUACCAUAAAUCAGAGCCAAACGCAUUGGCCAUUUGCAUUUAGUGCAGGCACUGUUAUAGCUGCUUGACUCUGCACACAUAGAUCCUGCAGAAGUAAGCCAUCCUGUAGUGGUGUAUUUUGCUCCUCCUGUCAUUAGAGGCAGGUCCAGGUGUUUGUGGCCUGGCAUGCUUCCUUGCUUCCAGAAACUGCUCAGCCCCUUUUAUCUGCUGUGAGAUAGCAGCAUGGCCACAACUUUGUGGGCAGUCACAACAGAAAGCAUUGCUCCCGAAUCUUUUCUGGACCUCUUUGGAAGCUAAAACAAAAGGAGCCAUUAAAGACCAUGUAAUUGGAGUGGGUCUCAUCAAGUGGCCUAUGCCCAAUGUCAGGUAAGUGUGGCAAAAGUGAAGGGGAGAAAAACUGAAGCUUGGAAGCCUUGUUGGAGAGGAGCAGGGAAUAGGAGGAAGGUGUAGCACAAAGUCCUUCAGAUAGGUACAGGCAAUGCUCACUACUGCUUGAAAUCUGCUUCAAAAGAAAUACUCCCGUGAACUUUUAUUGUGGCAAAUUGAAUGGAAUUUGUAUUUUUUCCCCAUUUCUCUGUCUUAAUCUCUCUGAAAGAACAUGGCACUAAGCACUGACUAUCAUCACAGUGCUUUUCUGGUUAACAGCAAGGGCACAAGGGCACUCUCAAAAUAGAAGCAAAGUCAGGAUUGUUUUAAAUCGCAGUGUUGCAGAAGUAUUAAAGCAGAAGCCAUAAUUUUAAUAUGUUCAGAAAUAAAAUGCCUGCUACUGUAAAUGGUUGCAUACAUUCAUCUAGCUGCUGCUGCCUGGCAUAACUUUUUGCGUUAGGUUGUUGUGAUUCAUCUUUUUUUUUUGUUUCAGAGAGUCGAAUGAUUCUGGAUGCCUUUGCCCAACAAUGCAGCCGGGUUCUAAGUCUUUUAAAUUGUGGUGGAAAACUACUGGACAACAAUCACUCUCAGUCAAUGAUUUCUUGUAUAAAGCAGGAAAACCCAAAUUAUAGUGAAAGACAAGAGCAAUGUCAGCUUGGAAAAAUGGUCCAUAGUCAGACGUCAGACAUUUUAGACAUAGAGAUGCAGUAUAUGCAAAAGAAACAACAAACCUCAGCCUUUCUGAGAGUUUUUACUGAUUCGCUUCAGAACUAUUUGCUUUCUGGGAGCUUCCCUUCUCAGAACACCUCAUCAGUAAAUGAUUUUAGCCAUUUGGCAGAUGUGGAUCCACUUUCAACCUCUCCAGUACACACUUUAGGUGGAUGGACAUCUCCAGCAACUUCUGAAUCUCAUGGUCACCCAUCAUCUUCUACGCUUCCAGAAGAGGAAGAGGAGGAGGAAGAGGAAGGUUACUGCCCUCGGUGUCAAGAGCUUGAACAGGAGGUAAUUUCAUUGCAACAAGAAAAUGAGGAGCUUCGUAGAAAACUGGAGAGCAUUCCAGUGCCCUGCCAGACUGUUUUAGAUUACUUGAAGACUGUACUUCAGCAUCACAACCAACUUAUGGUACCACAGCCAACAGACCAUCCAACUGAGGGGAGCAAGCAGUUGCUGAACAACUACCCUGUCUACAUCACUAGUAAACAGUGGGAUGAGGCUGUAAAUUCAUCAAAGAAAGAUGGACGGCGGCUCCUUCGAUAUCUCAUCAGAUUUGUUUUCACAACCGAUGAGCUUAAGUACUCAUGCGGCCUUGGGAAAAGGAAAAGGUCAGUGCAGUCAGGAGAGACAGGUCCUGAAAGACGUCCUCUGGAUCCAGUAAAAGUAACAUGUCUCAGAGAGUUCAUUAGAAUGCAUUGUACUUCCAACCCUGAUUGGUGGAUGCCAUCUGAAGAGCAAAUCAACAAGGUCUUCAGUGAUGCAGUAGGACACGCUCGUCAGGGGCGAGCAGUGGGAACUUUUCUUCACAAUGGGAACUCGUAUUACGAAGGGACUGACCAUCCGGGGUCACAGGACGAAGUCUUCAAUAGAGGUAUGCAAGAUGGAUCUGGGGAUUGACAGCAGUGAGAGAAAACUUUCACAACAGUAGCAAGCAGUUAAUUUAGAAGAGACUAUUUGUUAAACAUACUUACCGUGAAAUCAUUUAAGAGUCCAAAGCAUGUUUGAACACAUACUGCGUACAUUUCAGCUUCUCCAUUCUAUCAUAUCCUCAUUUACAAAAAAAUCCAUUUCAAAAUCUGCCCUAUGGGAUUUCUCAGUGCCUAUUAUUUGCAAACCCUUUGUAGCACCCCAAGGGGAAACUGCAGUUUGCUUUGUCUAGUUCUAGAGAAAAGAUCACUUUAAAAUUACAAAAAUUUCAAAAGAAACAAAAGCUGCCAUUUUAUUUGCGUAUUUCUAACAGGCCCAGUUCGGAACUUUCAGACAUAACAACCAGAUACUAUUUGCUUUUCCUGAGAAGGAGAUGAAAGAACACAUCUCCUUGCUUGUGACAAUAAAAGAAGUGGUCACUCAUUUCAUAACAAAAAGUAGCAUAAUUACAAAUGCUACCUUAAAAUACCAUGUAAGACGGAAAAUUCAGGGACAUCCUUUAGCCAACUAUGCCAGGAAAUUAAGCUUCUUCAAUCAAACAGCACCAGUCGUCAACCACAGAGUCCUUCAAAGGCCCAGAACAAUAACAGGCACUUCUAAUAGAUAAAAAUUUCUUUGUGUGUCAGAUAGAGACUAUAUUUAUCUAGAUUUCUAGGGAAUUAGACUUGACCAUGACAUUUUUCAUCAAAAAAAAAAAAUUGCUAAAAACAAAUUGCUAUUUCAGAAGACAGGUUUUGCUUUGUCUGUUGCUAUUCUGCAGCUAUAUUGUGUAGCUUUAGAGGAUUUAAAUUUUCUUUUCUUGUUUUUACUUUAAUUUGUGUUUUGUAUCCAGUCCUCAAAAUAGAUGAGGCAGUUGUGAUGGUCUCAACAGUCAGAUGUUCAGUGGUGCAUUCAGGGAGGAGCUGAGUUAGAAAAACCUAAUUCAGCAUUUCUUUGUAAGAGAAGUAAGCCUGGGAUCCAGACUAAGAGCUGUAAAAAAAGGAUGUUUUCUAGAAGAGAAGCCAAUUCACAGCAGAGUACAAUAUGGGAAACAGAUGCUGAUGUAAAGGAAAAACAAUCUGUCCUUUUCAAAUGUUUAAUUUCAAAGGCUUAGGAGUCCCAUGUCCCUCUAAAUUGAUGCACUCCAGAAAUACGUAAUGCCAAAGAAACAGCCCCUUCCUUUCAGCAUCAGGGUGUUUCCAUCUCUAUACCUUGGUCAGUUGCCCAGGCUGCUGGUGUUGGUCAGUGCCUGGCCCAGCCUCCUUGGGAUGAUGUUUUCCAGCAGAUGGGGACGGGGAACUGGUUUUUGGAAAGAAAAUCCAAAUUUUGAUCAACUUUAGCGCUACCUCAUCAGUGUUUAUUCUCCUGAACGUGUGUCUCAUACUGCCCAGCUUUCCCAUCCACCUUGCUCAAACCAUUGGAGAAGCUACUAAUUCCUCCUUCCACCCUUCUCCUCUCUUUCCCAACCUUCACCCAUGCAUCGGGCAGGGCAGGAAACACACAGCCCAUUCCCUUAAUGGCAUGGAAGGGCCCUUUGCAGUGCAGCAGCCAUAGCCCCGGCCUAGCUGGAGACGAGGACCUGGGGCACUCCCACAAAUGGCAGCUCACCCACACCACCAUUUUGUCCUGGCAUUGGCCUCCUCGUCACCUGCUAUUUUGAGCAGCCUGUAGGCUUUGGUGUGCACCCUGCUCAGCCAGGAUAUGCUUUAGGCCUUUAAAUGUCCAAUACCUCUUGACUCAUUUUAAUUUUGGUACUUCUUAAAAGGGGGUUGGUAGGCACUCAUCUGACGCAGACGAACCAAUUUAUUUUCUAACAUUAAUAGCAGUUCAGUCACACUGCACCUUACCAGGCCAAGGGGUUUUGAGGCAGCAUCUCUCGUGGCAGGCAGAGGUGACUUGCUUGGACCAGUCAAUGAGGUGCUGUGGCUGAGGGGGGAGAAACUUGGUGUAUAGAAACGUCACAGUACAGAUAUCCUAUAGUAGCUUUUCUGUGUUGAACUUACACGUUUUUUAAGAGAACUAUUAUAGAAGAUGUUACAUUGCUCAGAUGGUGUAAGUCUUGCUGGUGUAUGUUCUAUGUGGUGACACUUGCCAGAACUACUUGGUAAAACAUGUCAGAGCGUGCGAGUCAGCAUUAUACUGUAAAUUUGUCCACAGCGAUAUGUAUCAUGCUGUAUUUUUGUAAACAUUGUGACGGUUCCUUUCAAAUGUUUAAACAUAUGAGAUUAACGAUACAGAUGCUUCAUUUUUAACAGUCUCAGGACUGAAUUACUGGACUGGACUGGACAGACCUCUCUCACUUAGUAGCCUGAAGAUUCUCCUGGAAUAUCUUGUAAGUCUAGCUUUACUUUUAGUGUAAAAAGCUUAGCCAGUGUCCUGGUACGACUCACAGUCCUGCGCUCUCAUACUGUGCAAAAUAACCAAAUGUAUAGUUUUGUCCCAGAAGCCACUUAUGCGCUGGAAAUGGCUUUGCAGGUUUGGACCUUUCAUUUAUGAGCAAAAUCUUUCCCUCAGCCGCUUGCGUGCAAUCACCAGUACAUGACUAGCAGCCACAGACAGGCAUCAGAAGAAGGGAGCUCAUCUCUUUUGGGUUUAGUCUUGUUUUAAAAUAACAAUAGCAAAUAGCAACAGCAUCUCCCUUGUUUUAACUGCUGUUGUGGCCACUUGACUCCUGACCCACUCAUCUCAUUUAAAAAACCCUUCACCACCACUCGCUCCAAUUACCUGAGUCACAAGACAUUAUAAAUUUAAACACAUCAAAGCAUCAGUGUAGCCGCAAGACGUUAGGUAUAAUGCUCUGGAACCUGAAAUAACAGAUAGCUGUAAGCCCUCGCACAGCGAGACAGCAGGAUUGACACGCUGUGCUUUGCACACCAGCACAUCCCUUCCGUGCUGGCUGCUCGCAGCAAGCUGGCAGCAGGAGGCUGCUAUCCGUCAUGUCACUCCUGCACAUCCCAGGAGGAUAGAUGCUUGUCUUAUCCCUCCGUGCUCUUUAAUCUUACUGUCAUUUAUGUAUCUGCCUUCUCUCAAACUUUGUGUAGCAGUACCGCACGCCCAUCUGUGCCAACAUGCCUUCGCUAUAUUUUCUAUAACAAAUAUUUGUGGAGAAACUGUGAUUAAAAAACCAUUAAUCCUGAUAUUUUUAUUGUUAUGGUGUAGUUAAUUCUAUGAAUACUUUCUAACGAUGAUUGUACUGUGUAGAGUAAGUACAGGUUAGGGAUAGACCUUUACCAGAUAUUGUACAAAAAAAGUGCAUAGUGUAAUAUAGACUAGUAAGGUUUUUGUGACACUUUCUAUAGGAUGUGUGAAUUGUUUUCUAUGUGGCAACACACAUUUCUUUUAAAAAAUAUAAAAAAUUUAGAGAAUUUUUUAAACAGUCAAUAUUUUUUAAUUAUAAAGACAUUUGUUACCUGCAGUUUACUAUUUCAGGUGUUAAUCCUAAUUUGAAUAUUGGUUUUAUUACUACAUACCUCCAGUUCCAUUUGUUCUGUUGCAUAACAAUGCACAAUAAAAGUUGGUCUCUGGUUAA